AUGCGAAGCGCGCUCACGUUCGCGUCGUCGUCGACGGUCUCGCCCCACCGCGCCCCGCCGUGCGCGUCGCGAAGAGGAGUUUUUGCGUCGCGCCGCCGGGCGAAGCGAACCGUCGCGGCGCUCGCGGGCACGAACCGUCGCGGUGACGUCGUCGUCCUGAACGCGGCACCGAACGCGAGCAAACGGUCGAAGAGGCGCCGCGAGCCGGAUCCGGAUAAGAAGCGACGACGGCCGCUCGAGGAGCGGUUGAAGAGGAAAGGCGUGGACCUCGAGCAAGCGAGGUCGCCGGCGGGCGCAGAGUCGCUCGCGAACGAGAACGGGGCGAACGGCGAGGAAGACUCGGAGGUUCCCGCGACGGAGGAAACGUGCCAGCGCGUGGCCGAGCUUUUGUUUCGCCAAGAUGCCGAGGGAUGGCCGAUGCAGAGGACGGAGGCGUGGCGGUACGCCAGAGCUUCGUGCGUCACAGCGAGCGAUUGCGGUAAGAUUUUGAGGGCGUACAACGCCGACGGUGCGGAAAAGGUGCUAGAACAGAAACGACGAAUCGUGGCGGAGGAGCGCAUGGCGCGAAUCGAUCUUGAGACAUCAGAUCUAGCGAAGGAAUUAGAACCCACGCGCGAGCGCGGAGAAAUCGCUGGAACGUCUGAGUCAAGGAAAUCAAAACGUAAAGGCUCACGAGGGUCUGGGACGCCCGCGGCGAUACGUCACGGCAACGAGUUUGAGGCCGAGGCGUUGGCUCACUACGAGAAGGUGCACGGCACGAAGUGUCACGAGUUCGGACUCGUGCGUCACGAUAAAUAUUAUUGGCUUGGCGCCUCGCCAGAUGGCGUCCAUCCAGCCGGUCGCGUCGUCGAGAUCAAGUGUCCAUACUCGAGACCAAUAUCGAAAUCACGCGCGCAGGAGCAUCGCCCGCAGAUUCAGAUCCUUCUCGAGGUCUUAGACCUCGAAUUUUGCGAUUUCGUCCAAUACAAGCCCGCGGGUCGAGGAAAAGGCCGCUCGGGAAAUCCGGAUCUCCCAGCCUACAACCGCGAAACAAUCGCGCGCGAUCGCGACUGGUUUGCCUCGCAUUUCACCGAGCUCGAAUCCUUCGCAAAAAACCUCCCGACACCCUAG